AUGGGUAAUUCUAUCUCACUCGUAUGUUGUCCCUACGAAUUGGUAAGAGAGAGGGGUGAUGUUUUAGUGAUCAAAGAAGAUGGCGAGUCAUUAAGAUUCAAAGACGGGAUAUUUGUGAAAGAUAUUCUUUUUGCUUAUCCUUAUCACCAGAUAAUCCGGUGUUGUUCCGAAAGAACAGUCAUACCAAGAGAAAACCAACUGAGUUGCAACUGGCUUUACUUCUUGUUGCCAGUUGGGUUGGCACUCAGUGAAGCUGCGUACCGGAGUCUCAUCCAGUCUGCAGCUUCACAAAAUUUGAAUGCCAACAUAACAACCAUGAUUAAGAUAGAGGAGAACAAUCAACAGAGAAAGGAAAAUGAUCAUAAGGGGAAAGGUCCGGCAUACAAAGAUUGUAGCUCUACGUACAAGUGGAAACCAAUUCUAAGGACGAUCCCAGAGAUAGCCUCACCUUCUAUCUAA